AUGGCUGAUGCACUGAUUUCAGUGCUAGUAGAAAAGUUGGGUUCAAUGGCUUUGGAGCGUAUCGAAGAAGAGGUGAGACUGGUUUUGGAUGUCAAGAAAGAAAUUGAAGAGUUCACUGGAAACCUUGAAGCUAUUCAAGCUGUGCUUGAAGAUGCAGAGCAGAGGCAAGUGAAGGAUGCCAGCGUCAGAAACUGGCUGGAUAAGCUGAAAGAAGUGUCCUACAAGAUGGUCGAUGUGGUGGAUGAGUGGAACUCUGAAAGUCUGAAACAACAAGUUGAGAAGCAAGAAAGAGAAGGACCAGAAGGUGGAAAAGCUCUUGCUAUCCAGAAGCAGAAGAAGAAGAAGAAGAAGAAGAAGAAGAAGAUAAACAAAGACAAACAUAUAAGUUUCAAUACUUAG